GAAAGCAUCAUCUUCGGAACCACAUUAAAACUCAUUCUAUGGAAAAAACUUUUGAGUGUAAAAUUUGUAGAAAACGAUUUAAACUUAAGUGUGGGCUUCGUGAACAUAUGAGGGUUCACAGUGGAGAAAAGAAUUGUAAAUGCCAUAUCUGUGAUGCAUUAUUUUUUACACAAGGAGAACUGAACAGACAUUUGAAAACUCAUGAAAAUACUCAAGGAAAAACUUUUGAAUGUGAUAUUUGUGACAAGUCAUUUACUUGCCAGAGUCAUCUAAAGAUGCAUAAAUUAUUUUCUACACAAAGUAAUGUAAAUCAACAAAUUAAAACUAAUUCUCUAAAAAGGGAUUUCGAACGUGAAGAAAAGGCGGAUGAUGAUGUUCAUCUUGCUCAUUCAGAAGGAAAACGUUUUAAAUGUCAUGUUUGUGGGAAGUCAUUUACUAGCAAAGGUAAUUUAGUUAUACAUGUGCGUGAUCAUACAGGUGACAAACCCUAUCAGUGUUGUGUUUGUAGUAAAUCAUUUAAGGGUUCUGCACUUCUACUGACACACAGACAGAUUCAUAAGGGUAAGGAUAGUACAUGUAAUAUCUGUGGGAAGUCAUAUAGAAAGCAUUAUCUUCAGAAACACAUCAGAACUCAUGCUGUAGAAAGACGCCUCGAAUGUAAAAUUUGUAGAAAACUAUUUACACAAAAGAACAGUCUUCAAGCACAUGUUAUGAAGUUUCAUGGAAGUGAUGAUGAAGAGAUAAAUGAUGAUGGUGAGGUCAAUGGUGGUGAUGAUGGUGUGGGUGAUGAUGAUGAGGUCAAUGGUGGUGUAGAAAAAACUUUCGAGUGUAAAAUUUGUAGAAAACGAUUUAAAUUUAAGCGUGGGCUUCAUGAACAUGUGAGGUUUCACAGUGGAGAAAAGAAUUGUAAAUGCGAUAUCUGUGAUGCAUUAUUUUUUACACAAGGAGAACUGAACAGACAUUUGAAAACUCAUGUUAAUACUCAAGGAAAAACUUUUGAAUGUGAUAUUUGUGACAAGUCAUUUACUUGCCAGAGUCGUCUAAAGAUGCAUAAAUUAUUUUCUACACAAAGUAAUGCAAAUCAACAUUUUAAAACUAAUUCUCUAAAAAGGGAUUUCGAAUGUGAAGAAAGAGCAGAUGAUGAUGUUCAUCAUGCUCCUUCAGAAGGAAAAGGUUUUAAAUGUCAUGUUUGUGGGAAGUCAUUUACUAGCAAAGGUAAUUUAGUUAUACAUGUGCGUGAUCAUACAGGUGACAAACCCUAUCAGUGUUGUGUUUGUAGUAAAUCAUUUAAGGGUUCUGCACUUCUACUGACACACAGACAGAUUCAUAAGGGUAAGGAUAGUACAUGUAAUAUCUGUGGGAAGUCAUAUAGAAAGCAUUAUCUUCAGAAACACAUCAAAACUCAUGCUGUAGAAAAACACUUCGAAUGUAAAAUUUGUAGAAAACUAUUUACACGAAAGCAAAAUCUUCGAGCACAUGUUAUGAAGUUUCAUGGAAGUGAUGAUGAAGAGAUAAAUGAUGACGGUGUUGGUGAGGUUGAUGGUGGUGUGGGUGAUGAUGAUGAGGUCAAUGGUGGUGAUGAUAGUGCAGUCAAGCGUGAUGAUGAUAGUGUGGGUGAUGAUAGUGCAGUCAAUCAUGGUGAUAAUGGUGAAGUCAAUCAUGGUGAUAAUGGUGAAGUCAAUCAUAGUGAUAAUGGUGAAGUUAAUCAUAGUGAUAAUGGUGAAGUCAAUGAUGGUGAGGAUGGUGUGGUCAAUGAUGGCAAGUUCAUUGGUGGUGAUGAUAGUGAGGUCAAUGAUGGUGAUGAUUAUGGUCUGGCCAAUAGUGGUGAUGAUGGUGAGGUCAAUGGUGGUCCUAGAAUUCAUACUAAAGAUAAAGCUUUGAAAUGUAAUGUUAGUGAGAAAUCAUUUACCAGCAUGGAUAAUUUUAAAAUAGAUUUGCGUGUUCACGCAGGAGAGAAACACAGGAAGAUUCACAAAGAUGACAAAAAACAUUUGAGAAUAAAACUUUUUGUAUGUGAUGUUUGUGAUAAAUCAUUUGCUAAGAAAGUUGUUCUGGAAACACAUAUGCGCAUUCAUACUGGGGAGAGGCCAUAUAAAUGUGAUGUUUGUAGUAAAUCAUUUAGUAGCUCAUCUUCUCUUUCGACACACAGCAUAAUUCAUAACGAAAAAGACGCUCUAUGUUCUUUUUGUGGGAAAUCAUUUAGAAAGCGUCAUCUUCAGGUCCACUUGAAGAUUCACAGAAGAAACAAGAACUUUAAAUGUGUUGUCUGUGAUAAAUUAUUUUUAACACAAAGUAAACUGAACAAACAUAUGAAAACUCAUAAAGAAAAAAAAGAGGUUUUAUUUGAUGGAGGUAAUGGUGAUAUUAAGGGGGUUGAUGGUCAGGUUCAUGCUGCUGCUGGCAAUGUUAACAGUUGGAAUGGUGGGGAUGUUAAUGCUGAUGUAAAUGAUGGUGUUAAUUCUGGUGUUAAUGCUGAUGGCGUUAAUGCUUGUAAGGAGGUUGAUGGUCAGGUUAAUGCUGCUGCUGGAAAUGUUAAUAGUAAGAAUGGUGGUGAUGUUAAUGCGGAGGUAAAUGACGGUGUUAAUGUUGAUCGAAAUGAUGGCGAUAAAGCUGAUAAAGUGAAUAGUGAUGAGGUAUAUGACGACAAGGUUAAUGAAAUUGGUGACAAGGUUAAUGGUGAUGAUCAUGGUGAUGUUAAUAGUCCUCCUGAGGUAUAUGGUGGUGCUGGCAAGGUAAAUAGUAGGACUGUUAAUAAUAAUGAUGAUGAUGGUGAUGAUGGUAAGGAUAAUGGAGCUACAUGUAAUAUAAAUAGUGAGGAUGUUACUGAUGGUGAUGAUGGAAAGUUUAAUGGAGCUAAUUUAAAUAAUACAGAUGUUACUAAUGGUGGUGGUGGUGACAAUGGCGACAAUGGCGAUGAUGAUGAUGAAGGCAAGGUUAAUGGUGUUGAUGUUAGUAGGAAUGUUAAUGAUAGUGAUGAAACUAAUUUGGAUAGUGAAGUAGAUGGUUUAGAAAAAAGCAGAAUACAAAACAUAUUGGAUAAGAAAGAUCAGAAAUUAGUGAAAAAUGAUAUGGAGAAAGAAAAACAGUCAUGUGAAAUUGAUAAAACUAAGAAAAAUAAAAAUCUCUUGAUUAAUAAAUGUCAUGAAAUACAAGAAGAUAAAGAUGAGGAAAUUCAAGGAUAUCUUGCUCCUAUAUUACUCACUAAAGCAAAACCCUUUAAAUGCAGUGUUUGUGAUCAGUCAUUUGUUACAAAUGCUUGUCUAAAAAUACAUUUACGCAUUCAUACAGGCGAACAGCCCUAUAAAUGUGAUGUUUGUAGUAAAUCUUUUAGGAGUCCCUCCUCUCUAUUGACACACAGGAGAAUUCAUAAAGAUAAAGAUUGUGUGUGCGAUUUUUGUGGGAAAUCAUUUAGAAAGCAUCAUCUUCAGAACCAUUUGAAAACUCAUUCUGUAGAAAAACCUUCAGAAUGUAAAAUUUGUUUUAAAAGAUUUCGAUUAGAGAGCUACCUUCGUACUCACAUGAUGACUAUUCACGAUGAUAACCAAGGAAAAUCCUGUAAAUGCAAUGUUUGUGAUAAAUUGUUUCUUACACAUAGCAAUCUGAAAUCGCAUAUGAAUACCCAUACUUGUUUUAGAUGUUUUAUUUGCAAUGUUAAAUUCUAUAAAUCCACGCAACUCGACAGGCAUUGUGCAGCUCGGAUUAAAGUUAUUUCUUGUGCUGUUUGUCAUAAACAAUUUUGUACCAACACACAACUACGCAAUCACUCUAAAAUUCAUUCAGGAAUAAAACCUUUUGAAUGUGAUGUUUGUGGUCAGUCAUUUAAUACGAACAGUAAUCUAGUUGUACAUAAGAGAAUUCACACAGGUGAGAAACCAUUUACCUGUACUGAAUGUGGUAAAUCGUUUGGGUUAAAGAGUAAUCUAGCUAUACAUAUGGUCAUUCACAAGGAAGAAAAGAAUUUUACUUGUGACAUUUGUGGCAAGUCAUUUUAUUUCAAACACAAACUUAAAGUUCACUUGAGAAUUCAUACAGGUGAGAAGAAUUACAAAUGUGAUAUUUGUGGUAAAUCCUAUUCUAGAAGAACUCAACUCAAAUAUCAUGCUUUGACACAUACAGGUGAAAAACCUGUUAAUUGUGAUGUUUGUGGUAAAGCAUUUACUUGUGAAAAAACUCGUAAUCAGCAUGCCAAAAUUCAUACUAAGGAAAAACACCUCAAGUGUAAAAUAUGUGGUAAGUUAUAUGGUAAUCCCAGCCAGCUGAAGGCACAUUUGAUUGCUCACACUGGAAAUAAACCAUAUAAAUGCCAUGUGUGUGAUAAAUCAUUUGCAAGAGAAAGCUAUUUAAAAAUUCAUGGCUACACCCAUUCAGAAUACAAACCUUACGUAUGUGAUGUUUGUGAUAAAGGAUUUUGCUACAAAGAACCUUUUAAAAUCCACAUGAUGUUACAUACUAAAGAUAAUCCUUUCCAGUGCGAGGUUUGUAACAAGUCAUAUAGUCACCCAAAAAGUUUAAAAACACACGUAAAGGAGAAUCACGGAGAACCGUCCCUAAAAUGUAAUGUAUGUGAGCAAUCAUUUCGUAAGAUGAGUGAUCUUAAUAGACACAUUGUAACUCAUACCGGAAAAAAACCAUAUAAAUGUGAACUUUGUAGUAAAACUUUUAUUCUUCCUGUGUGUUUGCAAAAACACAUGAAAAGCCAUUCCAAACCAAAACCUUUUAAAUGCGAAUUUUGUGACGAGUCAUUUGUCCAGAGUAAUUUUCUACAGAAUCAUCAAAUCAGAAAGCAUGACCUUAAACCUUACAAAUGUGAUGUUUGUGACAUGAGAUUUAAACAAAAUGAUAACCUAAAGACACACUUUAGAACUCAUACAGGUGAAAGGCCAUAUAAAUGCCAUCUUUGUUCUAAAUCAUUUAUUGCUCGAGGUAAUCUUGCCAAACAUAAGCUCGUUCAUACUGGAGUUAAGCCAUUUCAAUGUGAUGUUUGUAGUAAAACAUUUGCUGAUAAAAGUAAUUUAAAGCAACACAUGGUAACCCAUUCUAAAGAAAACCCAUUUGAAUGUGAAUUUUGUGAUAAGGCCUUUAAUGCAAAACGUAAACUGAAACUUCACAUGAAAGUUCAUUUAUCAUAAUAUAUGUACAAAGAUUUGUAGUCGUUUCAUUCAUCAUGAUAUAUGUAUAUUUUUUUGUUUUGCUUUAGUUUAUUAUUUCAAGGUUGUCAAUAUAAAACACAUAUAGAUUUUUACACACUCACAUUGAAAUGUGG